AUGCUGGACUUUCUCAGGAUAGACUGGCUCAGUCUUACUAUCCCGCUCGCCUAUCUAGCUGUCCUGGUCGGCUCGCUCGCAACAUUCUCCUCGCUUUACCGCAAACGCAAGAUCCAAAAGGCUACUUCCCUGAAGCCAUGGUUUCCAUCACAUCUCCAGCGUGAUAUAUACUUCUCUAUCCUGCAUAUGGAGAAAAAGGCCCCCGAGACAGUGUUGAAAGCAGCGCUUCUACAUCGUGCGGCAGAAGACAUCAAGCGACUUCUCGAGCUUAGAACUAAAAAGGCUGCUUUAUCUACAUUACUACAAAAAGGAAACGUUGGCGAUGACCUAUGGCAGCAAUUCACAAGAGCCGAAAAGGAGAUGGAAGAGGAAUUCAGAGACGUUGCUUCAGAGGCGAAUACUUAUGCCCCUGGCUGGGGUCAGGUCAUCUUCCAGUCUGCAAACGAGAUGUUCCUGAAUAAUAUGGCACGAGCCGACAUUCGCGCUCUUCAAAACACAGUCACGGAAGAAAAGGGAUGGUGGGAUCACAAAAGGGCAAGCAUACAGGAAGGAUUCAUGAAAGAGCUCGAGCAAGAAAAGGCUGGCACUACAGAAAGUUCCAGGACCAAGGGCGGGUCUACAGGCGAAAACACCCAGCUUGGCAGCGAUGAAGAUGCUGUCCUUGUGGAUGCGGCUAGCUCUACGACCGGCUCCACGACCGGCUCUGUGAGCGGAGGGGGCAAAAAGAAAAAGAAGGGAAAGAAAUAA